AAGGAAUAAAGUGUCAGAAUAAAGCAAGAAAAAUAUAUAAACUGGGAUUUGAGAGGAAAAUAAUGGAAAAGAGUGAGAAAAGUAUAGAAUUGAUUUCCUCUGAACCCCUGAUGAAAGAAGAAAGGAAAUUGUCAUAUGACUGUGAUGUCUGUAAAAAGGUCUUCUCCCUAAAAUGUAACCUAAUUUCCCACGAGCGUAUUCAUACAGGAGAUAAACCAUUUCAUUGUGAGAUCUGUGGUAGAUAUUUCUCACAAAGUGGUAGCUUAAUUAGACACAAACGUACACAUACAGGAGAGAAACCAUAUCAUUGUGAUGUCUGUGGUAAAUCUUUCUCUCUUAAUUGUGUCUUAACUGCACAUAAACGUAUUCAUACAGGAGAGAAACCAUAUCAGUGUGAUAUCUGUGGUAAAUCAUUCUCUGAUAGUAGUACAUUACCUAGGCACAAACGUACUCAUACAGGAGAUAAACCGUAUCAUUGUGAUAUUUGUGGUAAAUCUUUCUCUGAAAAUGUUCACUUAACUAGACACAAGCAUAUUCAUACAGGAGAGAAACCAUAUCAUUGUGAUAUCUGUGGUAAAUCAUACUCUCAGAAUUGUGCCUUAACUACACACAAACGUAUUCAUACGGGAGAGAAACCAUAUCAUUGUGAUAUUUGUGAUAAAUCAUUCUCUCAAAGCUGUACCUUAACUACACACAAACGUAUUCAUACGGGAGAGAAACCAUAUCAUUGUGAUAUCUGUGGUAAAUCAUUCUCUCAUUAUUAUCCCUUUACAAUUCACAAGCGUAUUCAUACAGGAGAAAGGCCAUAUCACUGUGACAUCUGUGGUAAAACAUUCUAUCAAAAAACUCACUUAACUACACAUAAACGUAUUCAUACUGGAGAGAAACUGUAUCACUGUGAGGUGUGUGGUAAAUCAUUCUCUAACAGUAGUCACUUAAUUGUACAUAAACAUAUUCAUACAAGAGAGAGGCUAUUUCAAUGUGAUAUCUGUGGUAUAUCCUUCUCUCUACGUACUCACUUAACUAGACAUAAGUAUACCCAUACAGGAGAGAAACCAUGCAACUGUGAUAUCUGUGGUAAAUCAUUCUCUCUACGUACUCACUUAACUAGACAUAAGUAUACCCAUACAGGAGAGAAACCAUACAACUGUGAUAUCUGUGGUAAAUCAUUCUCUGAAAAUAGUGACUUAAGGAAACACAUACGUACUCAUACAGGAGAAAAACCGUAUCAUUGUGAAAACUGUGGAAAAUCAUUCUCUGACAGUAGUGCCUUGAUUUCGCACAAACGUGUUCAUACGAAGGAGAAGCCAUAUUGCUGUGAUGUCUGUGGUAAAUCAUUCUCUCAAAAUAGUAAUUUAACUAAACACCGUUGUACUCAUGGAAGAAAGUGACUGCAUCAUUGUGAUAUCUGGUAAAUCAUUCUCUAAGAGGGCUUCAUUAACUACACACAAAUGUAUUCAUACUGGAAAGACACUGUAUCACUGGCAAAUUAUUUUUGUCAGUAGUGCCAUGACAUUGUGCAAACAUAUUCAUACAAAGGAGAAGCCAUUUCACUGUGAAGUUUGUGGUAAACCAUUCUCUCAAAAUAGUAACCUAAUUACACACAAACGUACACAUACAGGAGAGAAGCCACAUCAUUGUAAUGUUUGUGGUAAAUCAUUCUCUGACAGGAGUAAUCUUUCUACACACAAACGUACACAUACAAGAGAGGAAUGGUAUCAUUGUGAUGUCUGUGGUAAAUCAUUCUCUGAUAGCAGUGCUUUACCUAAACACAUACGUAUUCAUUCAGGAGAGAAGCCAUUGUAAUGUUUGUGGUAAAUCAUUCUCUGACAGGAGUAAUCUUUCUACACACAAACAGACUCAUACAGGAGAGAGACCAUAUCAUUGUGAUAUCUGUGGUAAAUCAUUCUCUGUUGGUAGUGACGUAACUAAACACAAACGUAUUCAUACUGGAGAGAGGCCAUAUCAUUGUGAUAUCUGUGGUAAAUCAUUCUCUGAUAGCAGUGCUUUACCUAAACACGUACGUAUUCAUACAGGAGAGAAGCCACAUCAUUGUAAUGUUUGUGGUAAAUCAUUCUCUGACAGGAGUAAUCUUUCUACACGCAAACGUACACAUACAGGAGAGGAAUGGUAUCACUGUGAGGUCUUUGGUAAAUCAUUCUCUCACAGUAGUUCUUUGACUUUGUACAAACGUUGUUCAUUCAAAGACAAUCCAUAUGACUGUGAUGUCUGAAAGUAAUCACUUAACCAAUCAUAAACGUAUUCAUACAGGAGAGAAACUGUAUCGUGAUGUUUGUGGAACAUCGUUCUCAAACUAGUUCAUUGACUCCUCAAACACUCAUACUGGUGAGAAACCAUAUCACUGUGAUAUCUGUGGUAAAUCAACCUCUUGGAGUAAUGCCUUAAUUGCACACAAACGUAUUCAUGCUAGUGAGAAACCAUAUCACCAUGUUAUCUGUGGUAAAUCAUUCUCUCGUAAUAGUACCCUGACGGAACAGGACUGUAUUCAUAAAAGACGGAAUGGUUUCUUGGUUUCUAUGUCUUUAUGGUACUCUUUGUUUAUGCCAUGGAAAUUGUGACUAAAGAAUUAUGAAAAUUAAACAUUUUGGAUUCAUUGUGAAAAUGUAGAUCAAUAUACCUAGUUCUAAAAUUUUCCCUUUUACAGUUUCAAAAUCUGUUGUCAAAAUAGAAAAGACCUGUCUCUUUCAAUUUUUUUAUAUUCCAAGGAUAAACUUUCCCCCUGUCUACAUGUUUACCACAAUCUCUCACUCUCUAUAUAAUAUACAUAUCUCUCUCUCUCUCUUCCUUUCUCUAUACAUGUAUGCAUAAUUACAUACAUACAUCUGUAUGUGUGUAUAUAUAUAUAUAUAUAUAUACGUAGACACACACAUACAGAUGAAUGUAUGUAAUCAUGCACAUAUAUGUAUAGAGAAAGUAAGAGAGAGAGAGAGAAAGAGAUGUAUAUUAUAUAGAGAGUACCUGACGAUUAGCUAUAUUUUUGAAUAGAAUUUAUUUUCGAUAAUUUUAAUUGAUUUUAAUCGAUUUAAAUUUCCUUUCUAUUUGAAAAUUAGUUAUGAAACACAUGUAGUCAUUUUAUUAUCAUUAUCUUAUGAUAUUUACUAUGUAUUACAUUAUACUUAUUUAUUGUGCUUUUAAUUAUUAAUUUUUCUAUAUGUGACAAUGGAUUUUCAUCGAUGAGUUCAUGAACCUUGGUUCUUUUCCCUAAAACUAUAUAUUUAUAUAUAUAGAUAUAUGUAUAUAGACAUAUAUAUAGGCGUAGGAGUGGCUGUGUUGUAAGUAGCUUGUUUACCAACCACAAGGUUCUGGGUUCAGUCCCACUGCGUGGCACCUUGGGCAAGUGUCUUCUACUAUAGCCUCGGGCCGACCAAAGCCUUGCGAGUGGAUUUGGUAGACGGAAACUGAAAGAAGCCUGUUGUAUAUAUGUAUAUAUAUAUAUAUAUGUGUAUGUUUGUGUGUCUCUGUCCCCCACCAUCGCUUGACAACCGAUGCUGGUGUGUUUACGUCCCCGUAACUUAGCGGUUCGGCUAAAUAGACCGAUAGAAUAAGUACUAGGCUUCCAAAGAAUAAGUCCUGGGGUCGGUCAGCUCGACUAAAAGGUGGUGCUUCAGCAUGGCCACAGUCAAAAGACUGAAACAAGUAAAAGAGAAUAGAUAUAUAUAUAUACACACACACAUCCUCAAACAUUAAAUUUUGUACUACUUGAUUCUCUAGCUGCCAAAUUUCUAAGGAUACGUUAAAUAUUUUUCUUGCAUAUCAAAUUCUUAUAACUCCUGCCUCAUGUAAUGGUGAAUAAAUAAAACAAAAAUCUU